GUCGAGGCCGCCAUGUUUACACUUGGCAGCUAGCUGUGUUGUGGGCUCAAGCGCUAUGAACGCCCUGCAUUCCAAGACAAAGAUGGCACUGAAGGGGCUUAUUUCCUCAUUUAGCUGCCUUUUCUUUGCAGCUGAGAGCUGCGGAUUGAUCUCCACAUCCUGAAGCUUCUUCCACUAGGUCCAGUAAGGCUAGGUUCAGACUACGGAAUUUCCAACAGAAAUUCAGACGUAAAAUUUCCUCUAGAAUUUCCGCUGGCUAUAAAGUACAUGCGAGUCAAUGGGAUUUCCGUGCACCUGUUCUACUGCAGAAUUUUUCCAUCAUAAUUUCCGUUGCGAAUUUCCGCUCGAAAAUUUCCACCUGAAGAAAGGGGGUGCUCUUUCUUCAGACGGAUUUCCGCCGCAGAAUCCCAUUGAGUUCAAUGGGACUCUCAUUUCCCUGUGGAUUUUUAGUCAAACGUGGAACGUAGGCAGAUUGCAAGCGGAUUCCAUGCAGAAAUUCCGUCCGGAUUUGAGUCUGAAAUUUAAAUAUGAUCAGCCCACUGCUUCUUGGACUAGCCCACAUUCUUCCAAUAAAACACUCCCCGUAUCCAGGUUGCACUCUCCAUUUUCCUGUUUAGCUUGUUCUUGUGGCUUGGUGUUUGGCUUCUUUUCUGCGUUUUCACCACCAGAAUUUUCCGAUAAUGUCUCAUCUGCCUUGUCCUGCAAUCAUUCCUGCCGAGAACCCACCAAUUAGGCACUUGCAACCCCCUGAGAUGCGUGCUUUGAUGAGCAUUUUGGUGAAUGUUUUGUGUCGUCGCAGGCAGCGUCAGUUGGAAGCCAGGAGGCUUCACCGUUAUUGGGUUCACCCCAUCAAUCUGCUGCGUGACGACCGUGGUCAUAUUGGUCAUCUUUAUGCUGAGCUCAGAAGUUUUCCGGACAAAUUCUAUAAUUUUGUCCGUAUGCCGAUGGAGGCAUUUGAUAAUCUUUUGGCCAUUGAUGGACCACAUCUUCAUCAUUCCAACACACAUUUGCGCAAAGCAAUCUUCCCAAUGGAGCGUCUGUUGAUCACCUUGAGAUUUCUUGCGACUGGGGAGAGUUAUGCCUCAUUACAUUUGCAGUUCCGUGUGGGCAAAUCAACCAUCAGCGGGAUUGUGACGGAAACCUGCACCAUGAUUUGGCAGUAUAUGCAGCCAAUUUUGUUGACCUGUCCAAACCAAGAGAGAUGGCUUCAGGCAGCAUCUGGAUUUCAGUCCAUUGCCCACUUUCCCAACUGCCUAGGCGCUGUGGACGGGAAGCAUAUUUGUGUCCAGCAGCCACCGGGAUCAGGAUCACGAUUCUACAAUUAUAAAAAAUAUUUUUCCGUGGUCCUGAUGGCGGUGGCUGAUGUUCAUUGCAAGUUUCUGGCUAUUGAAGUUGGCGCCUAUGGCAGUAGCGCGGACUCACGGGUGCUGAUGUCUUCUAAAUUUGGUCGCCAUGUCAUUAAAAAUCAAGUGACUCUGCCUCCACCCCAGCCACUUCCUGGUACCAUGAAUCUCCUUCCCUAUGUUUUUGUCUCUGAUGAGGCUUUCCCCCUUCUGCCGAACCUCAUGCGCCCAUACCCACAAAGGGGAAUUGAUGACCGUAAGUGAGUGUUCAACCAGAGGCGUACCCGGGCACGGCGCUUUGUGGAGUGCGCAUUUGGGAUCAUGGCUGGGAAGUGGAGGAUCUUGAGCACUGCUAUUCAGUUGGAUGUUGACACAGUAGACUCAGUCAUUAAAGCCACAUGUGUUCUCCACAACUAUAUUCUGGACUAUGCUAGCCCCGAUCUAGAAUAGGAGGAACAUGUGGCAUGGGGUGUGUCUGCUGGGUCAUGGGGUUCUGGACGCACAUCUCAACAAGCAAAAGAGGUUAGAGAAGCCUUCACUUCCUAUUUCCUGUCUCCUGAUGGUGCUGUUCCCUUGCCUCCCCCUUGGUAAAUGUUGUAUCCUGCAUAAUUUUGAGUGUUGUAUUUUUGUUUGGAAAAAGUCUGAGUAGUAAAAUCCAAAU